GGUGGACAGGAUCAUUCUCCAGCUGAACCGCUACUACCCACAGAUCCUCACCAACAAGGAGGCGGAAAAGGUGCUGAGGAGUUCCGGAACCCCAAGGUAUCCCUGCGCAUGCGGCUGUGUGACCUCCUGAGCCACUUGCAGCGGAGCAGCGAGCGUGACUGCCGGGAGUUCUACCGAGCGCUGUACAUCCAUGCCCAGCCCCUGCACAGCAGUCUGCCCAGCCGCCACGCCCUGCAGAACUCAGAUUGCACAGAGCUAGACAGGAGCGGCGAGCUGAGCGACAGGGGACCCAUGAGCUUCCUUGCCGGCCUGGGCCUGGCUGCAGGACUGGCCCUCCUCCUCUACUGCUGCCCUCCAGACCCUAAGGGGCUGCCAGGGGCCCGGCGUGUCCUUGGCUUCUCGCCCAUCAUCGUUGACAGGCAUGUCAGCCGUUAUCUGCUGGCCUUCCUGGCAGAUGACCUUGGGGGGCUCUGACGGACCCCAGACCCCAGGCCUCGCCCGCCGCUCAACCAAAGAGCCCAGCCCACCAGCCAAGGGGGCCCGCACUUCUUUUUCUAUAUGCUUUUUUUUUAUUAUUUAUAAUUUGUAUAAGAAGCACAUCACCUUUGCCUUACAAGGUGCUUAAUUAUAAAUGUUCAAGUCUUCUCAA